CCCCGUCCCCCUGGGCGGACCCGGGUGCGGGGUGGGUGGGGGCUUGCGGGCGCCGGAUCCGAGCCGGCCAAGGCCGUCUAAGAGGCCGCUGUUUGGCGCGGUCUGCGCACCGGGCGGCCCCUCCCCGUGAAGUUUGCACGAAGUGCGCGUCAGGCUGUAAUUAGGGGAUCUGCUGGGAGGAGAGUGUUCCUGGGGACGCCGCGCGCCGCUUCUGCUCUCGGUGAGAAAGUACCUCCUUCUUCCCAGGCGCGGGACCUCUGCCACCCAGCGCCACAAAGACUCUCUGCGCGCACCCGGCCGGGCGCGCACACGCACACACACGCUCGCCCAGACCCAAACUUAAGGUGAAGAGGAAGAGCCGUCGCUUCACUCCAUCUCCAGCUGCCAGCCUCUGCAGGACUCGGAGCAGCUGAACUUCUGGAUUCCAGGACCAGGGAAUGCCGGGAAUCAGCGAGUGAGCUUGUCUGUGUCCCGGGCAGCUCUUAUCUGCUUUCUGUGACAGCACACUUGGAGCCUGGAGAGUUUGCCGUUGUGCCCAGCUCCCUGGAGACCCUGGCAGGGGACACACAUUCGUGUGAGGAAGAUUCCUGGGGCUCUGAGGAUGAAGAGUUUACUUUUUCUGGUGCUGAUUUCCAUCUGCUGGGCUGAUCAUCAGUCGAACAACUACACCCUGGGCCAUGACAGAGUGAUUCACAUCCAAGCAGAAAACGGCCCCCGUCUCCUGGUGGAAGCAGAGCAGGCCAAGGUGUUCUCACACCGUGGUGGCAAUGUUACCCUGCCGUGCAAAUUCUACCGAGACCCCACAGCAUUCGGCUCAGGAAUCCACAAAAUCCGAAUCAAGUGGACCAAGCUAACUUCAGAUUACCUCAGGGAAGUGGAUGUCUUUGUUUCCAUGGGAUACCACCAGAAAACCUACGGAGGCUACCAGGGCAGAGUGUUCCUGAAGGGUGGCAGUGAGAACGACGCGUCCCUUGUCAUCACCGGCCUCACCCUGGAGGAUUAUGGGAGAUACAAGUGUGAGGUGAUUGAAGGGCUGGAAGACGACACUGCCGUGGUAGCGUUAGACUUACAAGGUGUGGUAUUCCCCUACUUCCCACGCCUGGGGCGCUACAACCUCAACUUCCACGAGGCGCAGCAGGCCUGCCUGGAGCAGGACGCGGUCAUCGCCUCCUUCGACCAGCUCUACGACGCCUGGCGGGGCGGGCUGGACUGGUGCAACGCCGGCUGGCUGAGCGACGGUUCAGUGCAGUACCCCAUCACCAAGCCCAGGGAGCCCUGCGGGGGCCAGAACACGGUGCCCGGCGUCAGGAACUACGGGUUCUGGGAUAAAGACAAAAGCAGAUAUGAUGUGUUCUGUUUCACAUCCAACUUCAACGGCCGCUUUUACUACCUGAUCCACCCCACCAAGCUGACCUACGACGAGGCAGUGCAAGCCUGUCUCAACGACGGUGCUCAGAUCGCCAAAGUGGGCCAGAUCUUCGCCGCCUGGAAGCUGUUGGGGUAUGACCGCUGCGACGCCGGCUGGCUGGCCGAUGGCAGCGUGCGCUACCCCAUCUCUCGGCCCCGGAGGCGCUGCAGCCCUACCGAGGCGGCCGUGCGCUUCGUGGGGUUCCCAGACAAAAAGCAUAAGCUGUAUGGUGUCUACUGCUUCCGAGCAUACAACUGAGGGUGCCCCGUGUUCAAGUCAUUAAGAACAUGUGAAAGGUUCUUUUCAAUAUGAACUCAUGCAAGUUACCAAAACUGUGAUAACCCUUUUUUUUACUUACUGUAAAGAGUCAUUUUCAUAAAGACCAAUUCAUUGAUUUGUUUUUGUAAAGCUAUCAUUCGAUAUAUAUUAUAAAUUAAUAUAAUUUUAAGGGAAGCGCUAUGUAAGGUGGCGUUAGAGCCGAACCUUUUAAGCUACGUCAUCCCUACAAGAUACCCUCUCCUGGACGGGGCAUGCAAUAGCUUGAGAAUUGCUAGGAUCAAAUGGAGGCAAGUAAAGCUACUCAGAGAAGCAGCUCCCACAAGCACAAAUUUUACACAUUCCUACGGUUUUGAAAUGCACUACAGUAAACCAGUUAGAGCAACAGAUUUGAAAUAUGGGCUUCUUUACAUAAACAGUCUUGAGAAAUUGCACACAACUGUUCCACAGGGGAACAAUCUAUACUUUUCUAAAAGUUCCUAUUGCCAAGUCUCCACGAGUAUUUUACUCUUAAAUCCUGCCUUUUUUUGACCCAAAAGAAAAUCCACAUGGACUUCAGUCCCUAGUGACAAGCACAGUUAGAACCCCUUACUAAUCCCACGUACAGGAAGUGUGAGAGUUCCAUAAGCAGGUAACGUUUAAUCAGUGAGACACUUCUAGUUCUCCUAAUUCAAUCACACAUGUCUGAGACUUGUUUAAACUUUUGAGUAGCUUUACAGAGUUAUAUUUAAAUUCUAAGGGCCGUUUGCUAAGCAGCAUUUAGCAUCUACUCAGGGCAGUUAUAUAGAGAAACUGCUGGACAGAAAAGUUGUAAAAUUUAGCAGCUUCACUUCAUGUUAGCCUAUGAAAUGUUAUUGUCCUAUAAAAAUAACUUUAAACUAUUUAAUAUUUUUUCUUAUUUACACUACGUGAAAAAGCUCUAAAUUACAAAACGAAUGAAUGAAUGAAUAACUCUAUUCUUGCCUAACCAAGAAACAAAGAUCCAGGUUUCAAAAUUCUUGCUGUUCCUAUUUGUAAAUACACUAGAAAGCCCAACUGGUGCCUGAACUUGGGAAAAAAGUAUCAGCAGUGUAGUUGUCAACCUUCUCCCAAAAAGAAAGACGUUGCUUUCUCGCCAGUCACCAUUAGGUAUAAAUGAAAUGCUGAAGCUAGCAUCCAAGAGUUUACACUAAAAUCUUCAGGGCUUUCACUGAAAGGGUAAAUCUAGCUUCAGAAAAACAACUUUCCACAUUGGCAGCUCCAAUCUAAAUAAAGCUCUGUUCUCCUACAUUUUUAUGACUGUUGAGACCCCCCCACACACACACAGGGACCAAUAUUUGUAUUCAGAUUCCAUUUCAUGGUUUCCCAUUGUUUCGCAAUGAGUUCUAAUAAAUGGGAUUUAGUCUAAUAAUCCAAGUAUGACCUAGCUGGUGUGCUUUCCUGAAUGUUUUAUGUAGAUUUUCCUCCCAUAAACAUGAGUAAAUAAAUCUGUUUCUUGAAUUGAUUGUGGUUGCAUUAAAAGCUGUCAUAAUUCUAAUAAAUUUACUCCAUCAAUGUGGUUACGUGUGUGGAAGGUAUAGAACAAUUGGAAGGCCAUGAAACCAUAUAGAUAUUUGUAUGUUAUCUAGACAAACUAUUGUAAAUAAUAGUAGGUCCUUUCCUUCUCCAAAGCUGAUCUGGAGAGCCUCGGAUGCUUUCGUAUUAAAAGACAACAAUGUAUGCAUGCACAUUUUUAAAGCUUGGUUGGAUAUGCAAAUAGUACAACACUCAAGUCCAAAGACAUUGUGAGGUUGAAUUCCAACAUUGCCGGCAUAAAUGUAACUUCCCGAGUGACCUAGAGUAAGAUGAAUGUAUUUUAAAAAGAAGACUAUCUCCAAAAUGGCAACUCUGACGCCUCAGAUACUGGAGGGAGCGCUCCUGGAACGUUCAUUACCUAUGACAAGGAAAAUGUGAGAAGAAAUUUCUAUGGAGGCAAGUAGAUAAUUUCCAGUUAUCACAGAAUUCUAUCUUUAUAAUGCUUAGCAUGGUAGUACUUCUUAACCUUUGAAUACUUAUUAGUAUGGGAAUUGGUGCUCAUCAAAAUUCCUGGAGUGACUGUUAGCAGAUUAAAAUCUAUACCAAUUGCACACCAGAUUUUCAUUCUUGUAAAAAAAAAAAAUCUCCACAGAAUGAAUACUGGUGAGCAAGAAUUUUUAUCUUCUGAUUCAACCAAAGGAAUCGGAAUCCUCAUACCUUUUGGACUCCCAAUUGAAUAAGGGGUCUUUUUAAAUAUUCUCAUUUUGCUGUUUUUUUUUUCUCAUUUAAUGUCUGUCUUCCUACUCCAUUCCCUCACUGACAAUGUCUGAAAGAGGGCUUGUACGGAGCUAACCUUUCUAACACAAAGUUGGUGCGACACGGGCUGAUUCAGAAAUCGCUCCUUACACUGGUGCCAAGAAUAUCCAAGGAGUGAGAUGAGAAAUUGGCUUAGGAAAUCUUGUUUUCAUCAUCCUGUCCAUAAUUAGCCCUUGUGACCCAUAUGGGGGAUAAAGUGUAUCUGCACAUUUCACUUACAUCAGAAAACCCCAACAGACAAGCAUUUUACACACAGACAGUAGACAUGGAAGCGAGUUGAUUACAUGAACACUGGAACCAUCUUUGAGUGCUGCCACAUUUUUAUCACGGUGAUUUUUAGCCAACAAAAGUAUUUGUAAAACUCAACUGUCUCAUAGAAAGGGGGCCGGAACCUGUCAAAGGCUUAUCUGAUGCCAUCAUACUGUUGCUUAUAUUUUGGCAAUUAGAAGUAGACUCAAUGGAGAUUCCCAUUUGGCUGCUGGCAGCCAUACUGGGUCUCUUGACUUCAGUACUCCAAAGAAUAUGGUGGUCUCAUGGAGUAACUGACCACUAAGUAGGAGAGGGUUGAAAGAAACCAGUCGCCAAUUUUUGGUGCAUACUGCAUUGACAAAGAUGACGGACUUGCUGACAUGCUUUGCUGAGAAGGUAACUUAUAGCACACUACUACCAGACACAGCAGUGGUGUGCAAUGAAAAAAAAUACCGAAGUCUCUAAGCUACUUGAGUGGAAAAUCAGCAUUACAGGAAUUUACUGAUAGUACAGAUUUGAGAAGAACCAAUCUGUAUGACAAAAAUGUUUUCAUUUUCUGUAAGAUACAACGAACUGGUGGUAAACAUUAAAGGUCAAUUUUGUCUCACUGCA